AUGCCUUCACGAGAAGCGCUUUCUUAUUACAACAGUCUUGUUCAGCAGCAAGACAAUGUCAUCGAGUCUGGCGCCGAUGAGCAAGCUUUCAGAUAUGCUCUGCAGGAAUCGCGAUUUCCACAUCUAGAGAAAGUCACUGUCACUCCUGCAGCACACGGCUUUUUGUUCUUUCCGCUCUACGAGACUCCCAUGAUUCGGGCAUUCCCCUACGGCUUUGUGUAUCCCAUCCAGCGAGGGUGGUCUUGUGCCGGCCAUGUAUAUGAUGAUGCGCCACAGCCUGCGGAGCCAUGGGAAGAUGAGGAGGAAAAAAGAAAAUGGCGGGGAUUUCGCAUUGUCCUGCGACACCUUGCAGACCCAAAGCUCCCUCAUAAUAUCUCUCAGCUUUCCUUCGAUAACAAUAAGCUUGCCACCGGGAUCAACCAUCUUAUCUUCAACCAGCCUAAUGAGGAGUACGAUAAUCUCUGCCGGACGCUUGAGCGACCAGGGCUCAAAAGCUUUACACUCUCUCUAGUCAUGGGAUACCUAUCAGGUUGGGAUGCUGAAGAGUGGAACUUCUUCAAAAUGGGAGACUGCGCAGUCUGA